AUGUCAAAACCAUUUGAUCAAUCUUUUGAAAGACGAGGCACUGAUCCAAGUGUCCCUCAUACUACAACUGCCGCAAAUGAUUCUCUUGAGGAUCAGACACUCCUCUUACUCGCCCGUUUAACCGAGGGUGGACAAGAGGAUGAAGAUACUUGCAGGGAGUUGAACACUCUCACCAAACUUCUCACUGAUGAUUCCGCCGAAGAAACAAGAUCAAAGGAGCCACAUAAACCUCUCUUUCAAUUGAUCGAUCAAGAUAUCUUGGAAACUAUUCUAGGUUAUCUUGAUAUGAGACAAUCUCAAUCAGUUCGAAGUCACGCGACACUAACCACUUCUGCAUAUCUUAAAGCUUCGGAACAACAAGGCGUUGAUUAUCUUUCUCAUUUUUUCUAUGAUCGUGUAGCAAAAGGCACAUAUGAUGAUCUGAUCCUUGCGUUUUCUGUUGCAGCAUCAAUAUUUUCCAUUGUUCCAGAUGUCAUUGCUUCAUUUUUUCUUAGUGAGGGUUUCAUUCCUAGCCUUGGUGCAUUGAUGAAGAGGAAAUGGAAAAGCCGAAAGGUUGAACAGGCUGCUUUAGAACUACUUAGUGCUGCUUGUAUGAACACUCCUUGUCGGGAAGCUAUUCAGAAGCAUUGUACAAAAUGGCUUGAAGAGAUUGUCAGCAAUACUCCACCAAAAGUUUCCGAAGUCUCUUCGUCUCCUAUUGAUAGUAAUGCGGAAGAUGGCUCCAUACAACAGCGAAUUCAUUCUGAACAAGUUAGGAAUCUCGCAGCUGUUGUCUUGGCUAAAAUUCAGGCUAUCCCUUCAGCACCCACCGCUGAAUCUGGAGGAGGAUAUCAGUCUGCUAGUCCGACUAUUGAAGAUAUUUCAGACAUGUUGAAGAAGAUGCUGUUCUCGGAUGCAUCACAGCAAAGUUCAAUUGAAGGUCUUGCUUAUGCUUCGCUACAACCAAAAGUCAAGGAGAGCCUGGCUUCAGAUAAAGAGUUUUUGGUCAACCUUGUCAAGUCUUUGAAUGACGCUCAGCCCAAAUCACCCACAACCUAUGGAGCUCUCAGUAUUCUCAGUAAUCUUACAACCUACCAACCACCUUUAAGCGAAGAACAAAAGAAAUUGAGUCAAUUAAAAGCUUAUGCGAAUGCCUCAAAGUCGAAUCUCAAGCCAGAUCCGCUCAAUGACGAUAGUCACGUUGACAAGAGAUGUCAAAAUGUAUUCGAAGCCGGUGUUGUACCUGUUCUUGUCACCCAUAGUCAGCAUGGAUCAAUAGCAUCUCUUACACUUGUCAUGUCGAUCAUCUUCUCGCUCUCCAAAACAACCAAAAUUCGAGGACGAAUGGCUCAACAAGGUGCAAUCAAGCUUUUAUUACACUCUUACACUGUCUUCUCCUCAGAUAAUAUUCCAGCUCGAAGAACCACAGCUCAUGCCCUCGCCCGUAUUCUCAUAUCUACCAACCCACUACAUGUAUUUGGUGGUGCCAAUCCUCUUUCACUUGUUUCAGCCAUUAAACCUCUUCUUCUUCUCCUUGAGGAUGAUCCAACUGUCGAGCACCGCGAUCUCUUACCCGUCUUCGAAUCUCUUCUGGCCUUGACAAACCUUGCUUCUACAGAUGACUUAGCCCGUAAUUCGAUCAUCCGACAGGCCUGGUCACAAAUUGAGGAAUUACUUCUUUCCCGUAAUACUCUGGUGACGCGUGCAACAGUGGAGCUUAUCUGCAACCUCAUGCAAUCUCCAGAAGGAGUCGCAAAAUUCUCAGACGGUAGCAAACAAGCCUCAAAUCGUACACAUAUCCUAUUAGCUCUAACUGAUGCCGAAGACCUCCCUACAAGAAGGGCAGCAGGAGGUGCUUUGGCAAGUCUUACAGAAUGGGAUACUGCAGUAACCGCAAUUCUUGAAAGAGAAAGAGGAGUCAAUCUCUUGUUAGCCUUGUGUACUGAAGACUUGGAAGAAUUAAGACACAGAGGUGUAGUUUGCAUACUCAAUAUAUUGACGGCACCAAACAAAGUUGGGGAAAGGGGAAUUCAAAGGGUGAAGGAGAAUUCCGGACUGGAAUCUCUGAAAGAAUGUUUAAAGAAAUCGAGAGAUCAGCAGGUUUUGGAGAUUACCGUGCAGGCUGUGAAAAUACUUAUAGGGGAUGAGGACCCUAGUAAGCUUUUGGAAGGUUGA